GCUGUUUCUCUGCUGUCCUGCAGUGUCCGUGUUUUUGUAGUUGAAAGUGUGAAAAACUGACUCCGUUGCAAUGGAUAGUCGGAUUUAGGAGAAUACUUCAGCUUGGAAAGCAUAAUAAAUCUUACAAUCCCACUCAAGUUAACCAAGGAUACGGAAUUAAACGUCUCUGCUUGGUAACUGCAUUUUUAUUUCCUGGUGGGAUGGAAGGACACUUCUGCGCAAGGGACUCAUUUAUGCAGUGGUUAGAUAUCUGGCUAGCAUAGCUAGCCAGCUAAUGUGCAAAUGCUAACUAUAAAAACAAUCAGCUAGCUACAAGAUACGAUUUGCAUGAACGUCAGCGGAUAGGUUGACUCGUUUAGCAUAUACAAAUGCAUUCCGGCAGCUUAUUGUAAUUUGUGUAUUUUACUAAAUCGAAUCACUUAAAAUGGAUUAAUGGAUAGUUUACAAGCUAGCUAGCCAAUUUAGCUAGCUGAUUAGCUAGCUAUGGAUUGUUGUUGUUGUGUUAGCUGACACGCUAAGGUUAGCUGUCCAGUUAAAUCAACAUAACACUUGUCUUUGAAAAUGUGGUGACACGUAUUUAAUGGUAGUCGGUACUGUACCCCUAGUAUGGGAAAUAUAUCSCAGCAAGCUACUGUUAGCUAACGUUAGCUAACUAGCUAGUUGAUGGGUUGAGAUGUAACUUGACUCCCCAAUUAAGAUGUAGCACGYGACAGCUGAAAGUUAAUUCUAGUUUGCUAGCUAGCUAGCUCAGCUCAUUCCUCACAGGAAAUAUUGUAUUUUGACAUUUAUUGCAUGAGGGGGUGCCCAACAAGUCAGGCAAUCAUGUCUAGUAAAGCCACCACRAAAGAGAAGAAAUCUGGUAGCUUCAGCAAGAAACUCUUCAGACGAGGCUCUGUGCGCUCCGUGGGUAGUUUUAUGGGCAGAGUCCUCAGGACCCUGUCAACCUUGUCCCAUUUUGGAUCAGAUGGGCAUGCUAUUGAAGGUGACAAAGACGAUGGGGGUUUCACAWUAUUCAAAACUGGAGGCAAAYAUUCACCAGCUUUGGAUGAUAGUGACCGUUUCCUCGGAGAGAAGGUCCCUGGAGUGUCUGGUCUCAAAAACCAUGGUAACACUUGUUUCAUGAAUGCCAUCCUCCAGUGCCUGAGUAACACUGAACUCUUUGCUGAGUAUUUGGCACUGGAACAAUACCGGGGAGUCGAGGAAACGGAUGAGGAGAAGGAGAAACUGAAGACAAACGGUGUGCAUUUGGGGAGGAAGGGCCCUCAUGACAGAGGUGAGGUGACAGAGCAGCUGUCUGGACUGGUCCGGGCCCUGUGGACAUUUGAAUACACCCCACAGCACAGCAGGGAGUUCAAAAAUGCUGUCUCAAAGAGUGCUUUGCAGUAUAAAGGCAAUGCUCAGCAUGACGCCCAGGAGUUUCUGCUCUGGCUUCUGGACAGGGUACAUGAAGACCUCAACAACCAUCCCAACAACAGGCCUUCCAUUAAGCCACCAGUGGAAGAGGAUGAUGGGGGUCUAGAGGGGCCUUCUCUUCCACUCUCUACCGGUUCAUUUGUGCAAGAGCUAUUUCAGGCCCAGUACAGGUCGUCGCUCACCUGCCCGCAUUGCCAAAAACAGAGCAACACCUUUGAUCCUUUCCURUGCAUCUCCCUGCCCAUCCUCUUACCUCACACAAGGCCUCUGUAUGUGACAGUGGUCUACCAGGGGAAGUACUCUCACUGUAUGAGGAUCGGAGUGGCCGUGCCCCUGAACAGCACCGUGUCCAGACUCCGAGAUGCUGUGUCACGUGAGACCAAGAUCCCCCUGGACCAGUUUGUUUUGACGGAGAUGUACUACGACGGUUUCCAUCGCUCCUUCUGUGAUGACGACGACGAUCUCGAUAUCAUUCAGGAGAGCGAUUCCAUCUUUGCCUUUGAGACGCCUGAGACCUUCAGACUAGAGAACAUUCGAACCAAGAGAGGGAGUCUCCUUGCCAACCUGAACCAGAACAACUUAAAGUUUGGGAGUGAGAUGAGCAGGACUCCAUCUUUCAUGCAAGGAGCUGUGAAUCCUGCCACUGCAUCGGCCAAUAAGAACACAGGGGCCGACAAGAUGGUUCUGCUGAUCUGUAACCGAGCGUGCACCGGUCACCAAGGGAGGAGGUUUGGUCUUCCAUUUGUACUGUACAUGGAUCGCACUGUGACCUGGGAUAUCCUGCAGAAGGAGAUCCUGGAGAAGAUGCAUCACCUGCUCAGGCCAGGAGUUUACAUUCAGGUGGGGCCCUUCAGCCUAKGAGUGGUUGGUGUGGUUGGCAUCACGUACCUCCUGCCCCAAGAGGAGCAGCCUCUCUGUCACCCAACAGUGGAAAGAGCGUACAAGUCCUGUGGCCAGGGGGGACCGCCGCACGUCAAGAUAGUGGUGGAGUGGGACAAAGAGACCAAGGAUUAUCUGUUUGGGCUCACUGAGGAAGAGUACAUCCCUGAUGCUGAGAGUGUGUAUCUGCACAGAGAGCAACACCAUCAGCCCCAGGCCUGCACCCUCGCUCAGUGCCUCCAGCUCUACACCAAAGAGGAACAGCUGGCCCCGGAUGAUGCCUGGCGCUGCCCCCACUGCAAGCAGCUGCAGCAAGGCCGCAUCAAGCUCAGCCUGUGGACCCUGCCUGAUGUGCUCAUACUGCACCUCAAGAGGUUCAGACAGGAGGCUGACAGGAGGGUGAAGAUGCAGAACAUGGUGCGGUUCCCCCUGCUUGGCAUGGACAUGGCUCCUCACAUGGUGAAGAGGUCUCAGAGCAGCUGGAGCCUGCCCUCUCACUGGUCACCAUGGAGACGGCCCUACGGCCUGGGGCGUAACCCUGACGACUACCUGUACGACCUGUACGCCGUCUGCAAUCACCACGGAAACAUGCAUGGAGGCCACUACACAGAGCAUGAGGAAACAAGCGGAUACUCUCAGAGCUCAAUCAGAGUGGGAUGCACCAGGAUUUAUCACGAGGCUGUGGUGCAGAGCCCACACCUUGGAUUCUGA